CUUGCCCUUUAUUGCAUCCACCCUGCAGAAUUGCGUAUUGAUACUUCAGUACCGACGAAUUCCGAUCAGCCGGCUACCCGUUCAUUCUGUGCUCACCUUCCAUCUGUUGGGCUUCCCGUGCGGACAUCGGAGGUGGCCGUUAUCACCUGCCAGCGACCAUUUGCCAUCCACCCCACUUUCGCAAGCUAAGUCUACGAUUGCGAAUGGAACCCUUACCUGUUCAAGUCUUUUGGAUCUUGAUGGACUGUGGCUAGGAGUCUUGACAGAUGGAUACACGCGGUGCUAGAAUGAAGGAGCAUGAGUGCGGAGAAUACCACCAAGCGGUCGAGGAGUUUCGCCUCCGCGAACAUCCUAUGCUGCGUGGCACGACGUAUCUCGACCAUGCCGGGACCACUCUGUAUGCUAAAUCGGCCAUCGAACGCUUCUCAGCGGAUAUGCUAUCCAACCUGUACGGAAAUCCACAUUCAGCAUCCAGUUCCUCCCAGUUGACUACUCGCCGUAUCGAAGAUGUGAGACUGAGGCUCCUCGGAAUGUUCAAGGCGGAUCCGGAAGAGUUCGACGUUAUAUUCGUUGCAAAUGCCACUGCGGGAAUCAAGCUGGUCAUGGAAGCUUUCAGGGACAAUGGGGACGGGUUUUGGUAUGGAUACCACAUGGACUCACAUACCAGUCUUAUUGGCGUACGGGAAUCAGCCAAAGACUCCCGAUGUUUUACCUCUGACCAGGACGUGGAAGACUGGAUUAAGGAGCCUGGCGCUGAAGCACUUCCAGGGCUCUUCGCCUACCCAGCUCAGUCAAACAUGAAUGGGCGACGGCUGCCGCUGGCCUGGACGCGCCGCAUACGCACGAGCAAGGGCAGAGCUGUAUACACGCUAUUGGAUGCCGCAGCUCUCGUUUCCACCUCGCCGCUGGACCUAAGUGACGUGGACGCUGCGCCCGACUUCACGGUUCUGAGUCUGUACAAGAUGUUCGGUUUCCCGGAUUUGGGCGCUUUGAUUGUGCGGAAAGAGGCGGGGACUGUUUUUGGCAGACGCCGCUAUUUUGGGGGAGGCACGGUCGAGAUGGUGGUGUGCGUGCAGGAACAGUGGCAUGCUAAGAAGUCGGAUUCGUUGCAUGAGAAGUUGGAGGAUGGGACGUUGCCUAUUCAUAGCAUAAUGGCUUUGGAUGCGGCUAUGUCCGUUCAUGAGGAGCUGUAUGGUUCGCUGGAACGCGUGUCGCGACAUACGACGCUCCUAGUGGCGAAGCUCUACGAAGGCCUCACGUCUUUGCGUCAUGGGAAUGGCGAGGCCGUCUGUCAGGUAUACAAGGGCAGUACAUCGACGUACGGCGAUGCGAAUAGCCAGGGUCCCAUUGUGGCAUUCAACCUCAGGAACCCCCUUGGCGGCUGGGUCAGCAACGCAGAAGUCGAGAAGCUUGCCGCCGUGAAGAGUUUCCAGCUGCGGACCGGCGGGCUCUGCAACCCAGGCGGCGUUGCGUCGUCUCUUGGGUUGGCGCCAUGGGAGAUGAGAGACAAUUUCUCCGCAGGACAGCGGUGCGGCAACGAAAACGACACCAUCCGAGGCAAACCAACCGGGAUGAUUCGAGUCAGCCUCGGGGCGAUGAGUGUUCUAGAGGAUGUGGUCUCAUUUGUCGACUUUGUGCGCGAGUUCUUCGUGCAAGGAAGCAAAUCCGAGGCAGUGUUGCCAGUAGCGGCACUGAGGGUAGAGCCACCAACACCGAGUAACCUGCACGUGGAAAGCUUGACGAUAUAUCCAGUCAAGAGCUGUGCAGGAUGGAGCGUACCCCGCGGAGUGGCAUGGGAAGUGCGGCGUGAGGGCCUUGCCUGGGACCGCGAAUGGUGCCUCGUUCACCAGGGCACUGGUGCGGCUCUGAGCCAGAAGCGCUAUCCGAAGAUGGCUCUUAUCCGGCCAAGUAUCGACUUGGAGGCGGGACUCUUGCGCGUGGAGCUGGCGCCACCUCUGAGAAGGCUUGUUGAUGAGCACGAGGUCACCAUUCCGCUCUCCGCCGACCCGCGUAUGUUUUCUGACGUGUCGACGUACACGGAUUCACAUGCCAAGGUCUGCGGCGAUGCCAUCAGAGCAAAGAAGUACAAGUCAGACAAGAUAGCAGCAUUCUUCAGUCAAGCUCUCGGGGUGGCCUGUCAUCUCGCCCGGUUUCCUGCCCUGAGUAACAGGAACAGCUCAGAAACAUCGUCCAGGCACACUAAAGCGCAUCUACAGAAGCCUGAAAAGGAACCGAAUAUGCACAUACCCGGCGCCUUUCCCGAUUCCACACCGCAAGCGCUGGGAGCAAGGGUUCCAAUGCCCAUACUACUGUCGAAUGAGAGCCCGAUCCUUACGAUAUCGCGGUCCAGCCUCAACCGUCUGAACGAGCUAAUUAAAGCAGAGGGCGGCAAAGCGGCGCAAGCUGACGUCUUCCGAGCGAACAUUGUGGUUGCGGAGAAUUUGGAGUCUCUGUCUGGGGUGGAGCAGCCGUACGCAGAAGAUCACUGGCGGCACCUAAAGAUUGGAGAGCAGUACUUUGAUAUUCUGGGCCCUUGCCGCCGCUGCCAGAUGGUAUGUGUGGACCAGCAGACGGCAGAGAGGAACCAGGAGCCAUUCGUGACGCUCUCGAAAACGCGCCGGUUCGAUGGGCGAGUCUACUUUGGCGAACAUACAUGUCACAUUGCUAUGGACGGCGCAGUGAGCCCCGCGGCUCAGUAUCCUACCAUUGCUGUCGGGGAUGCAGUGCACCCGUUCCUGGAUGAUGAGGUUGAGCACGACUCGCGAUUGUGGGCUCUCGUGGGCUGAAACGGCGGGAGCGUCUAUGCAAGCCGGUCUCGGGUUGUUUUUCUAUCUCGCAUUCCAUUCGGGCUUCUAAACAUAGCUGUUGGACGGCGCGCGGGGGGUUUCUUCUGGUCGUCUACAAGAUCCCGUCACCGCAUCACACAUGGCAGAUGUUGUGCAGCAGGCGCUUCUCUGGGUCCUAUGGAGGGACAAAUAUAGCAGAGCCACGCGACGACGAGGGUAUGGGCAGGGUAGGACGAGACCUCAUCGGACCC